AUGCCCAAGCGGAUCCUCUGCACCAUCGGAGUCGAUGUGGACGCCUGCGCAGGCUGGCUGGGCUCGUACGGCGGUGAAGACUCGCCCAACGACAUGAGUCGCGGCUGUUUCGCGGCGGAAGUCGGCGUGCCUCGUCUCCUCAAGCUGUUCAAGGAGAAGGGCGACAUGAAGACAUCCUUCUUUAUCCCGGGCCACAGCCUUGACUCGUUUCCCAAGGAGAUGGCGAUGGUUAGGGAUGCUGGACACGAGAUCGGGCUACACGGCUAUUCCCACGAGAAUCCGGUCGCCAUGACACUCGAGCAACAGCGCGCCGUGCUCGACCACACCUUCAAGCAGCUCACCGACUUUUGCGGCAAGCCCCCCGUCGGCUCCGUCGCCCCUUGGUGGGAGGCUAGCAAGGAAGGUAUCGAGCUGCUGCUCGAGAAGGGCAUCGAGUACGACCAUUCGUCGCAGGCGCACGACUGCAUGCCAUUCUACACCCGCGACGAAGAUACCUGGACGAAAAUCGACUUCAAGUCGGCCUCCGCGCACGACUGGAUGCACCCGCUCAAGAAGGGCAAGCUCACCAAACUCGUCAACAUCCCCGCGAACUGGUAUCUCGCCCGCCUCCUGCAGGACCUCCCGCCGCACAUGUUCAUCAAAGCCGCUCCCAACUCACACGGCUUUGUCGACGCCGACGUGACCCUCAAGCUGUGGAAGAAGCACUUUGCCUACUUCUACCGGGAAUACGAUUGGUGUGUCUUCCCUCUCACGCUACACCCCGACACGGCUGGUCGUCCGCACGUUCUUCUCGCCGUCGAGGAGCUCAUCGACUUUAUCAACGAGCACGAGGGUGUCGAGUGGGUCACGAUGGCGGAAGUCAACAAGGAGUUCCGGGAGAAGUUCCCCUUCCCAGGCGAGCAAAAGGAGUAG